AUGAUUCCGCUCCAGUCGGGGUUCCUGAGAUCCUACGGGAGGACAUUGCCGGGCGCGCUGGUCGCUCCGCAGUUCGCGAGAUGCAGAUCGAGCAGGAGGAGGCGGACGCAGGGGGCGGCUCCGAGUGUUGUGGCGGUGAUCGGGAACGAUGAGAAGAGCGUGGGGACGGUUCCGUCUCGGCAGACGGUGGGCUCCAGGAGGCAGCCGGAGCUGGCGUCGCCUCCACGGCAGACGAUUGAGGUGAGGGCGGUGGUCACUAUAAGGAAGAAGAUGAAGAAGAAUAUCAACGAGAGGGUGGUGGAGCACUGGGACUCCUUCGUCCACGGAAUUGGCCGGGGGAUCCUGAUCCAGCUCGUCAGUGAGGAAGUCGAUCCCGGUAAGCUCUGCUCUCCAUCUACUCUUUUCUUUUCAAUCUGCUGUCGCCAUCUCGUCGAACCCCCCCAUAGACGCUGCAACUUCUCUUGUUCUUGGGUUUCUGCGAGUCCAGACCUCGGAGACUACAGAUUGAGCUAGCAAUCACGAAUUCGAUUCUCCAUCCGAAUCUCGUGAUCUAACAGAGUGUCGAUUCUGCUUCAGCCACUGGAUCGGGGAAGAAGAGCACGGAGACCGCAGUGGGGGGCUGGUUGCCGAGGCCAUCUGAGAAGCCGUACUUCAUCGAAUACACCGCCGAUUUCUCUCUGCCGGCUGAUUUUGGCCGCCCGGGGGCCAUCCUUGUCGGCAAUGUCCACUUCAAGGAGGUGUUCUUGACAGACAUCGUCGUCCACGGCUUCAGCGAUGGCCCCAUCUUCUUCCCUGCGCACACAUGGAUUCAACCCCAGACACUCGAUCCCAACAGGAGAAUCAUCUUCAGCAAUCAGGUCAGAAUCAUUAAUCUUCCCUACCUGGCGGUGAAUCGUGGUUCCCUCAGUUAUCAAUCAGUAUGAAGCGCCUGCGAACCAAAAUUAUCAGCUGGAUCGGCCGAUCAAAGCUACUGAAACUUCUCACCCUGAGGCCGCCGAUCCUGCCAGCCACGACGUCCAGUGUCUCUUAUUUUCCAUAUCUGAUGCAGAGAUCGCUUAUCCCCUGUGCGGCAUUGCAGGCAUACUUGCCCUCUCAGACGCCGGACGGCCUCAAGGAUCUCCGGCAGGACGACCUGGUCAGCCUCCGUGGAAAUGGGAAGGGCGAGAGGAAGAAGCACGAGCGUGUCUACGACUACGCGCUGUACAAUGACCUGGGCAACCCUGACAAGAACGAGGAUCUCACCAGGCCGGUGCUGGGGGGCAAGGAGCGGCCCUACCCUCGGCGGUGCCGCACAGGCCGGCCACCCAUGAAGUCCGGUAAACACCCUCUGCUCCUACUUUCCUCUGAAUGUAAUCCUAUACUAAGUCGAUCAGCAUAAUUCCAAACUUCCUCCUGUUUUAUUUAUUCUCAAUUAAAUCCAAUACUAAAUCGGUCAGCGUAAUCCCAAUUUUCGUCUUAUUUUCCUCUGAAUUAAAGCCAAUACUAAAUCGAUUAGCGUAAUUCCAAAGUUCAUCCUAUUUUCCUCUGAAUUAAAUCCAAAUGCUAAUACAGAUCAGCGUAAUUCCGAUUUUCCUCUUAUUUUCCUCUGAAUUAAACCAAUACUUAAAUUGAUCAUUGUAAUUCCGAUUUUCCUCUUAUUUUCCUCUGAAUUAAACCAAUGCUAAAUUGAUCAUUGUAAUUCCGAUUUUCCUCUUAUUUUCCUCUGAAUUAAACCACUCCUAAAUUGAUCAUUGUAAUUCCGAUUUUCCUCUUAUUUUCCUCUGCAUUAAAUCCACAACUAGAUUGAUCAGCGUAAUUCCAGUUUCCUUCGGGAUCAUCCGGUACUAAAUUGAUCAACGUAAUUCCCAUUUUCCUCCUGUUUUUCUCUGAAUCAACCAGUCCUAAAUCCAUCAGGCUAAUUCCAAUUUUCGUUCUAUCUUUCUCUGAAUCUACUCGUUUUCCAUGCAUACUCCAUAAUUGAGGGCAUGGAAAUAUAUAAUUGUGAUCUGAUCUGUCGUGAUCAGAUUACAAAAUAUACAAUUUCAAUGGAUCUGCUAGUUGGAUUCAAUGAUAUGCUAUUCAUUGCCAUAUUUAAGAUAUAUUUUCAUUGCUUGUUUCGCUGGACUCAUCCUGUGUGUUCUUCCUCCCAUAAUGGGGGAAUAGAUCCUUUGUAUGAGAGCAGGGUGGAAAAGCCGAACCCAGUCUAUGUCCCCCGGGAUGAGACCUUUGAGGAGAUGAAGGAGGCGACAUUUUCAGCCGGGAAGAUCAAAGCCUUGUUGCAUAACCUGAUUCCACUCAUGACGUCUGUUCUUUCGAGAACAGACAACCACUUCGGCUGCUUCUCCGAGAUCGACGAUCUGUACAAGGUUGGGGUCAGCUUGAAUCCCCCGGAGGAUCAGUCUACCCGCAAGGGAAGGCUCUCGGGGUUCCUCAAGAACAUCAUGAACAUGCAAGAACCCCUGAAGUACGAUCUACCUUCGAUAAUUUCAAGUAGGUGCCAGACCCAGAUUUUAUUUUUGAACCGUGGAAUCAUCUCCUUCGAGAAAUGAUAACCUUGUUGCUGGAAUAUUCUAACUUUAUGAAUGCAUGCUUCAGGGGAUAGGUUUUGCUGGCUGAGGGACAGCGAAUUCGCCCGCCAGACAGUGGCCGGGGUGAGCCCAGUGAACAUCCAGAGAUUGAGGGUAUGCCAUGAUCUAUAACUUGGUUGAAAUAAAUGUAUCCAUAAUGUUAUAUAAUCCUUAAUUUCUAGAAAAUAAUUAUCAAUUAUUACUUUUCACAUUCCUCAGGGGUUCCCGAUUCUGAGCAAGCUGGAUCCCGAUGUAUAUGGCCCACCCGAGUCUGCAAUAACUAGGGAGAUCGUAGAGAAUGAGCUGGAUGGCAUGACUGUUGACCAGGUACGAUGAGCACCAACCUCCGGCUGUUCUUCUUGUUAGAUUUUUCCUGCGUUUCUUUUAUCUUCCAUGAUAGUUCUAGCUCCAUGUUUAGAGGGUAACAGGCUAGCCACCAACCGGUUUAGGCAAACUAUACUGUUAGUUUUCCUUGUUUAUUUUAGGUCCCUCUAAAGCCCUUGGAUUUAAGUUCAGUGUCCCUAUGUAUAAUAUAGAUAAUGCUUAUGUCCCUCCUCUGGUAUCCCAGCUCUUUGAUAUUUCGGCCUUUUCUUGAUGGUUCUGCAAGCUUUCUCACUGGUUUUUCAUGCUUAUUUUUCGCUCCUCUAUAUCUCUCCAAUAAAAUUUAAUAAUCGCCCCUGUGUGUUGGGAGAUAAUGCUUAUGCCCUUGUUACAUGUUAGCCAUCUGGCAAAGCAGAGUGUUAGUCUCUAAGAUUAUGGUCAGAGAACGGAUGAGGGCCCAAACCCAAUUCAAGAUGCUCAGGGGGAGCUAAAACUAAAAAGCCCUUCUCAAUACUCUUCCAGGCAAUCGAAGAGAAGAGGCUGUUCAUCCUCGACUACCAUGACAUUCUGCUGCCUUUCAUCAAGAGGAUGAACGCGUUGAAAGACAGGAAGGCCUACGCGUCCAGGACGAUCCUCUUCAACACCUCCGCCGGUAUUCUUAAGCCGAUAGUCAUUGAGCUCAGCCUGCCGCCGACUCCCUCCUCCCCUCGGCGUAAGAAGGUCUACACCCACGGGCAUGAUGCCACGAAGCAGUGGAUUUGGAGGCUGGCCAAGGCCCAUGUUUGCUCGAACGACGCCGGGGUCCAUCAGCUCGUCAAUCACUGGUAAACAUCACUGAAACCAUGAAGAACCAACCAUCUACAUUUGUAUGCAUAGGCAGGGAAUUUUGUCAACUAUUCAAAUGAUCAGAUUUUGCCAUCCCUCUUCAUAUGUUUCUUGGGUGUUUGGAUUGGUAAACAUUACGGAAACCAUGAAGAACCAACCAUCUACAAUUGCAUGCACAGGCAUGGAAUUUCGUUAGCUGUUCGAAUGACCAGAUUUUUUUAUCCUUACUCAUAUAUUUCUUGGGUGUUUGGAUUGGUAAACAUUACUGAAACCAUGAGGAACCAACCAUCUACAUUUGCAUGCACAGGCAGGGAAUUUUGUCAACUCUUCAAAUUAUCAGAUUUUCUAUCCGUAUUCAUAUAUGUUUUGGGUUCUUGGAUUGGUAAACAUUACUGAACCAUGUAGAACCAACCAUCUACAUUUGCAUGCAUAGGCAGGGAGUUUUGUCAACUAUUCAAAUGAUCAGAUUUUUCUAUCUCGGCAUUUAUUUAUUUGGGUGUUUGGAUUUGAGAGGAAGAGGGUGGGUUCAUGUGAUUGUGCAGGCUGAAGACUCACGCUUGCAUGGAGCCGUACAUAAUCGCGGCCCACAGGCAGCUGAGCGGGAUGCACCCUGUCUUCAAGCUCCUCCACCCCCACAUGCGGUACACCAUGGAAAUCAAUGCCCUGGCUCGCCAGAGCCUGAUCAAUGGCGGCGGGAUCAUCGAGGCUGGCUUCAGCCCUGGGAAGUACGCCAUGGAGAUCAGCUCGGCAGCUUACAAGAGCCACUGGCGCUUCGACAUGGAGGCCCUCCCUGCCGAUCUUCUCCGGAGGUGAGCGAGCUCAUCCCAUAAUCUCUCCCUACUUCUGAAUUUGCCAUACAAUCUCCUCCAUAUAAUCUUCUUGGGCAUGCCUGGGUUUCAUGGGCACGCAGUCUUUCGCCAUCAUCAUCAUCAUCAUCAUCAUCAUCAUCAUCUUCCUCUUUCUUCUGCUCGACUGUAAAAAAAUCACAAACCCUAACCAGACCCAGCUUUCGCCCUGUUUUUUUUUUUUCCUGUUUCUAUCAUCAGGGGGAUGGCGGAGGAGGACCCCUCGGAGCCCUGCGGCGUCAAGCUCGUCAUCGAGGACUACCCCUACGCCGCCGACGCCCUCCUCGUCUGGUCCGCCAUCGAAGACUGGGUCAGGGACUACGUCUCCCUCUUCUACCCCUCCGACGCCGUCGUCUCCGGCGACGGCGAGCUCCAGUCCUGGUGGCACGAGGUCAAGACCAAGGGCCACCCAGACAAGCUCCACGAGCCCUGGUGGCCGCCGCUCGCCACCGCAGAGGACCUCGUGAAGAUCCUCGCCACCAUCAUCUGGACCGCCUCCGGCCAGCACGCCGCGGUCAACUUCGGGCAGUACCCCUUCGGCGGGUACAUGCCCAACCGGCCGGCGCUGAUGAAGAAGCUCAUCCCCGAGGAGGGCACGCCGGAGUACGAGAGGUUCCUGCAGGAUCCGCAGGCGGAGUUCCUCUCCUCGCUGCCGACGCAGCUGCAGGCGACACAGAUAAUGGCGGUGCAGGACACGCUCUCCACGCACUCGCCCGACGAGGAGUAUCUGGGGGAGCUGUCGGAGGGCGGCGGCGGGAGCUGGGUGGCGGCCGGCGGCGAGGUGGCAGCAGCGUUCGAGCGGUUCUCGGCCAGGUUGGAGGAGGCGGAGGAGGUAAUCAAGAGGAGGAACAAGGACCCGGGGCUGAAGAACAGGACGGGGGCUGGAGUGCCGCCCUAUGAGCUGCUGCUCCGGUCCUCCGGCCCCGGGGCCACCGGCCGGGGGAUUCCCAACAGCAUCUCCAUCUGA